AUGAAGACUUUUGCUCUAAUCUCAAUUGCUCUGGGCUUGUCCAGUGCAAUUGCUGUUCCCGGCGGGUUCAAUGAUGAUAGCACAUUCGCAGGUGUGCAACGAGCUCUUCCCAAUGCGCCCGACGGGUAUGUGCCGACGUCUGUCAGCUGCCCGGCGAGCCGACCGACAGUUCGCAGCGCAGCGGACUUGUCCUCCAAUGAGACAUCAUGGCUCAAGGUCCGCCGCAGUAAGUCUCUGUCAGCGAUGAAAGAUUUCUUCGACCAUGUGAAAGUCGGCGAUUAUGAUGUCGGUGCCUACCUCGACAAACACUCUAGCAACUCGUCAAAUCUGCCUAAUAUCGGCAUCGCUGUUUCAGGCGGCGGUUGGCGUGCGUUGAUGAACGGUGCCGGUGCGAUCAAGGCUUUUGACAGCCGGACGUCCAAUGCGACGACUACUGGGCAUUUAGGUGGUCUGCUGCAGUCUGCUACCUAUAUCGCUGGUCUGAGUGGAGGCAGCUGGUUGUUGGGUUCGAUCUAUAUCAAUAACUUCACUACGAUCGACAAGCUGCAGACGCACGAGGAUGGUUCCAUCUGGCAGUUUGGAAACUCGAUCCUCGAAGGUCCUGAUACUGGUGGUAUCCAGCUUUUGGAUUCUGCCAGUUACUACAAGGAACUGGGCGAGGCUGUCGAGGGGAAGAAGAAGGCUGGAUUCGAUACUUCUAUCACCGAUAUCUGGGGCCGCGCACUCUCCUAUCAAAUGUUCAAUGCUAGCAAUGGUGGACUCAGCUAUACCUGGUCUUCCAUUGCCGACACCUCCGAGUUCAAGGACGGAGACUACCCCAUGCCGUUCGUUGUUGCGGAUGGCCGUAAUCCCGGUGAACUGCUCGUUGGCAGUAACUCGACCGUCUAUGAGUUCAACCCGUGGGAAUUUGGCACUUUUGACCCUACAAUCUUUGGUUUCAUUCCCCUCGAGUACCUAGGCUCUAAGUUUGAGGGUGGCUCGCUUCCGAGCAACGAGAGCUGCAUCCGUGGCUUCGACAGUGCUGGUUUUGUGAUUGGAAGCUCCUCCACACUCUUUAACCAGUUCCUUCUCCAGAUCAACACCACUUCGCUCCCCAGCCUAGUGAAGGACGUUUUCACCUCAGUCUUGUACGGGGUAGACAAAGCGCAAAAUGAUAUCGCUUCAUACGAUCCCAACCCCUUCUAUAAAUACAACCCGGACUCGUCGCCGUACGCCGCGCAAAAAAUUCUGGAUGUCGUCGAUGGCGGCGAAGAUGGACAGAACGUCCCUUUGCAUCCUCUUAUCCAGCCCGAGCGCCAUGUUGAUGUCAUCUUUGCCGUUGACUCUUCAGCCGACACUGACUACUACUGGCCAAACGGCACUUCCUUGGUUGCAACCUACGAGCGCAGCCUGAACAGCAGCGGUAUCGGCAACGGCACCGCCUUCCCUGCUGUUCCAGACCAGAACACCUUCGUCAACCUGGGCCUCAGCACCCGCCCGUCCUUCUUUGGCUGUAAUAGUUCCAACCAGACCGGACCCUCGCCUCUUGUCGUGUACAUCCCCAAUGCCCCUUACUCCUACCAGUCCAACAUCUCAACCUUCCAACUAAGCACCGACAACACUGAGCGUGACAAUAUCAUCCUCAAUGGCUACGAGGUUGCCACUAUGGCCAACAGCACCCUCGACGGAAACUGGACAUCUUGUGUUGGCUGUGCUAUCCUCAGCCGCUCGUUCGAGCGCACGGGUACCACUCUCCCUGAUAUCUGCAACCAGUGUUUCGACCGGUACUGCUGGAACGGUACUGUGAACUCCACCACACCGAACAAUUAUGAUCCAACUUAUUACCUAACUGCUUCUAGCAUGGGUACGAUGAAUUUGCCUACCAUGCUGUCUGCGGUUGUCGUAUCCGCCCUGGCAAUGCUUACUCUUGUGUAA